AUGCGUCUGUUCAGGCUAUGCGCUUUCGCGCUGGCUGCCGAAUGCGCCUACGGCUACCUCGAUACCACGCCCUUCUUCAUGUUCUCGACCUCCGAACUUCUAACCUCAUCCUCCGACCUACAAAGUGCCUCCUCUAUUGUCUCCGAUGUCGCCAUCUCGCUGUCCCAGUGUCCCUCCGACUACUAUAUCCUGGUGUCCCAACAAGGAGUUAGUGGCAGGGACUAUGAAUCUAUAAAAUCAAGCCCUGUCCUGGCCAAGUCUCUAUCUGGAAGUCGUCCUAGGGUUGGCAUCCGAAGUAGCAUGAUAGUACCAGAUGUGCGCGGUGCCAUCGCGCCCUCGACCUGGACUGAAGUUCUACAAGAAAAGUGCGGCGUGGAGACUACCGAGAUCGAUGCGUCGAAAGGCUCCAUUCCAACGACCCUCACGCCGGCUCCUAGGCUGAUCAAAGUCAAUCUCCCUGCGCCUUCGUCAGAUUCGAGGGCCAAACAGCUGUCCUUGAACGACGCCUUUUUCGCUUCGAUCCUCGAUAUGCUUCCAACUCAGAACUAUACCGUACUCUACACAACCACCCGUGGUCGGAACGGGUUGGUUGGAGCCCAGCAGCCAGAGCAGACAGAGUAUGAGAUGGAGUCGGCAAUUCAAGAUUCCCUGCAUCUGGAUUUGAAGAGAGAUUUGGGUGCUCAUGGAGCCAACCAGACGGGAAACCAGACCAUAAUUGAUGGGCCAUUGUUUGACAAAUACCAGUUCUUCACAUCCGGUAUCUAUAUGAGCUUCCUGGUCGGAUUCCUCCUCUUAUCGAUCCUCUAUGUGGCCAUUUCGGCUGUCGCCUCACUCCAGGUCACGUACGCGGCUUUCGACAAGGAGACAGGUGCCUUCGCUGGGAAGAAGCAGCAAUAA